AUGGGUUCUCAAUUUAAUCACUAUAGUAGACUUCAACUCCCUGCGGGAACCACCGGCCCAGAAAGCUUAGCCUUCGAUUGCAGAGGAGAGGGUCCUUACGUUGGAAUAUCUGAUGGACGAAUUAUUAAAUGGAAUGGUUUCGUUUGGACCAAUUAUGUCAUCACUUCAAGAUUUAGGAGGAAUUAUAUAUGUGAUGGGUCCAAUGAUCCGAGACUGGAAAACAUAUGUGGGAGACCUUUAGGUUUGCAAUUUAACAUGAAAACUUGUGAUUUAUACGUAGCGGAUGCUUAUUAUGGGCUUAUUGUUGUGGGACCGGAGCAGAAGAUACCCAUGCAAUUGGCCACUAGUGCAGAGGGUAUACCUUUCUAUUUUACUAAUGGAUUGGAUAUUGAUCAAAGGAUGGGAAUUGUUUAUUUUACGGAUAGCAGUACUAAGUAUCAGAGAAGGGACUAUGCAGGUUCAAUCCUGAGUGGUGACAAGACAGGGAGGUUAAUGAGGUACGAUCCAAGGAAUAGAGAGGUGACAGUGUUGCUCACAGGCCUUGCAUUUGCAAAUGGAGUUGCAAUAAGUGACGAUGGUUCAUUUGUUCUUGUUACCGAGACUGGCACUGGUAGAAUUUUAAGGUUCUGGCUUCAAGGUGGUAGAGCUAUGACAUCAGAUCUUUUUAUCCAAUUACCUGGUCAACCUGACAACAUCAAGACAAAUGCUAGAGGUGAAUUUUGGGUGGCAGUAAACCCUUUUGAAGGAGGACCUAGAUUUAUGCCAAAUACAAGCUCAAUGUCCAUAACAAAUUCUCAAGCAAUGAGGAUCAACAAAUAUGGAAUAGUAUUGGAAGUGUUCACUGGUACAAAUGGAAAUGCAUUGGCAGCUGUUAGUGAAGCUCAAGAACGCAAUGAGAAUUUGUGGAUUGGUUCAGUUAAUGGUCCUGUUCUAGUUGAGGACACUUGCCAAUUUAAUCUGACCUGUGGGAUUGGAUUCAAUGAAUCUCAGAUUUUGGCUGAAGCCUGCCCAAAUUGCAUACUAGCUGUUGGUAUCAAGUUAGAGAGUAAGCCCAAGUUUCAUACCAGCUGCAAUGUGACUUGA